AUGUUAUUCGUGCACAAGGAUGCCUCCGCCUACCGGUUCCCUUUCUUCGCCUCGUCUCCGCCGAAAUCGCCGCCGGCUUCCUUAGCGCGUUCCUUCGAAGACGCCCUCGCCGCCCGCCUGGCCGAUCUGCACCUAGACACCGCCUCACUCUCAUGGCUCACCCGCGCCGUCCGCGUCCUCGCUCUCACCCUCGAUGAUGCGGCCGCCCUCCUGGCUGACGCCCCCGUUUCCUCUUCCGAUCGUGACGCCCUCGCUGGCCACCUCGACUCGGGCGUUGCCCUCCUUGACGCCUGCAACGCCGCCUCUGCCGAGAUCGACCGCCUCCUCCGUCGGCGCCUCCAUCUCCGCUUCGCCCUCCACAUCCUCGCCUCCUCCGAUGGAGGCCGCGACGCUGAGAGGCUGCGUAAGGCGCGGGACUCCCUGGAGGAGUGGACCGUCGGCCCCCGUCGCGCCAUCAAGCCAUCCGCCGUCGACCUAGUGAAAUCCCUGGCCCCGGCUAACCCUCCGAAAGGCAAGUUAUCAGUUGCCCGGAGAGCGAUCUACGCCGUCGCGGCGGUUUCCUCCCUGAUCGUCGGCGCCCUCGUGGCCGCCCUCGGCGGCAGCGAGCAUCUCGCCGCCGUUCGCGUCCCUUCCGACCUGCCCUGGGCGAAGGAGUACCACGAUCUCGCCGCGGCGAUAUCGCACAAGCUCGUCGGCGACUGGUUCGCCGCGGAGCUGGAUGCGGCCCAAGCGGCCGUCCAAAAAUUGACGGACGUGAUCUCAACAAACGGCGAAGACAUGACGGAGACGUUACGGAAAUCCAUUGAAGACACCAAGAAAGCGACGGGUGCUUUGACGGAGGGUCUGGACGAGUUAUCUCACGCCGUUAGCGGGCUUUUUCACUCGGCGUUGGGUUUGAGGAACGCGGCGUUGCUAGGAUUCCGCGUUGGCUCCUGCAAAUAG